AUGGUUUCUAUUGCGACGCUUUUACCCCCAACAAGCCUUACAAACCCAAAAUUUGGACAGAGGCAUGGACCGGAUGGAAUGUGGUUUACAGAAUUUGGUGGGCCAAGUUAUAGGAGGCCUGUUCAAGAUAUCGCAUUUGCUGUUGCACGAUUCAUACAAAAGGGAGGAUCGUUUGUCAAUUACUACAUGUACCAUGGAGGUACCAACUUUGGUCGCACUGCUGGAGGUCCUUUUGUCACUACUAGUUACGAUUACGAUGCUCCCAUUGAUGAAUAUGGAUUGAUUAGACAACCGAAAUACGGGCAUUUGGCGGAGCUUCACAAAGCAAUCAAGCAAUGUGAACCGGGUUUGGUUGCUUCCGAUCCUAUUAUCGUCUCUUUAGGACCCCGUCAACAGGCACAUGUAUUCUAUUCGAAAUUAGGACACUGUUCGGCUUUUCUCUCAAACUAUGACACAAAUAAUGGUUCACGAGUAAUGUUCAAUCAGAGGCAUCAUAACCUACCAGCAUGGUCCAUCAGCAUUCUUCCUGAUUGUCUCAAUAUGGUCUUCAAUACCGCCAAAAUUGGAGUUCAAUCAACACGAUUAACGAUGUUACGUGCGAAUUCCCAAAUGUUUUCAUGGGAGACAUUUAGUGAAGAUUUAACGACUAGUGAUGUGGACUCUGCUUUCACUUCGUUUAGUCUUUUGGACCAAGUAAAUGUCACUAGAGAUUCUAGUGAUUAUCUCUGGUAUACAACCACUAUCGAUGUUGCGCCUACUGAGUCAUUCUUGUAUAACGGGGAGCAUCCGAGACUGUUGGUAGAGUCAAGCGGGCAUGCUCUUCAUGUUUUCAUAAACGGAAAACUUUCUGGUUCGAUUUUUGGAACACGUGAAGAUAGGAGAAUCAGUUACAGGGAGAAGAUCAGACUCCUUUCUGGAAGGAACAAAAUCGCGUUGCUUAGUGUAGCCAUGGGACUAUCGAAUAUCGGGGGACAUUAUGAAAGUUGGGAGACUGGAGUCCUAGGUCCGGUGGUUCUAUACGGUCUUGACCACGGGAAACUGGACUUGACCCAUACAAAAUGGUCUUACCGGAUUGGUUUGAAGGGUGAAGCCAUGAAUGUUGUCUCCACCAACCGUAUGCCUUCUUCGGUUGAAUGGGUGCAGGGUUCACUCAUCACCCAAAACAAUCAACCGCUGACGUGGCACAAGGCUUACUUCAAUGAGCCAGAUGGCGAAGAGCCAUUGGCCCUGGAUAUGAGUAGCAUGGGAAAAGGUCAAGUGUGGGUCAAUGGUCAAAGCAUUGGACGAUAUUGGACCGCUUAUGCCACUGGUAAUUGCCAACAGUGUCAUUAUACCGGAUCUUAUCGCCCUUCUAAGUGUCAAGUUGGCUGUGGUCGACCAACCCAACGAUGGUACCAUGUGCCUAGGUCAUGGUUAAAACCAACAGGCAAUCUGUUGGUGCUUUUUGAAGAACUUGGGGGCGAUCCCACAGGGAUUUUACUGGCAAAAAGAUCAAUGACAAGUGUGUGUGCUGACGUGGUCGAAUAUCACACCAACAUAAAAAAUUGGCGUAAUGAAACCUAUGGGCAAACACAAGUAUUUCAUAGUCCAAAGAUUCAUCUUCAGUGUAGUCCUGGCUUGUUAAUCUCUUCCAUUAAAUUUGCAAGCUUUGGAACUCCUGUUGGAGCGUGUGGCUCAUUCCAACAAGGAACUUGCCAUGCUCCUACAUCGUAUGAUGUCAUUAGCAAGAGGUGCAUAGGAGAAGAUAGAUGUGCAGUUGCAAUAUCAAACACCAACUUUGGUCAAGACCCGUGUCCAAACACAUUGAAACGCUUGUCAGUUGAAGCUGUUUGUACUCCAACUUCAACGGGUCAAGGUUAA